AUGGCUUUGGAUCACGACAAGUCCCCCUUCUCGAAGGAGGCCAUCUCUUCUGACGACAAUGCCAACGAUGAGAAAGUUCAAGACUUCGGCCGACUCGAAAGCCAUACACAGGGAGAAUCACAGUUUGUCGGCCAGGGAGGCACGAAGAGAAAUGUCAAGUCGCGACAUGCUCAGAUGAUUGCCAUCGGUGGCAGUAUCGGAACUGGUCUUUUUGUCGGUUCUGGCCAAGUCCUUGCGGCAGGAGGCCCCUUGUUCCUCUUCCUGGCGUAUGCUUUGACAUCUAUCCUGGUGUAUGGAGUUGUCACGGCGGUCAUGGAAGUUGGAACAUACCUCCCUGUUACCGGCAGCUCCAUGUCCUACUACUGCAACCGUUACGCCUCAAGAUCUCUCGGAUUUGCUCUCGGCUGGCUCUACUUCUACUCCUUCGGAAUCAUCCUCGCAUACGAAAUCACGGUCGGAUCAAUUAUUAUAAACUACUGGCCGAAUAACGUUCCUAACGCUGUGUGGCUCACGCUCUUGUUGAUUGUCAUCGUUGGACUCAACUUUUCCCCGGUGGCCGUGUAUGCGGAGACCGAAUUCUGGUUUGCCAGCCUGAAAAUCAUCCUCUUUAUUGGCCUGUUGCUUUUAUCAGUGGUUCUGAUUCUCGGAGGAGGCCCCAGCGGCCAGCGUCUGGGAUUCUACUACUGGGUUGAUCCGGGAGCAACGAAAGAAUACAUCAUCACGGGCUCUGGUGGCCGUUUCACCGCGUUCCUCUAUGGAUGGGUGUUUUCCGGCUUCUCUUUCUACUUCAGCCCAGAGCUCAUUAUAAUUACCGGCGGAGAGAUGCAGAACCCUCGGAAGAAUCUUCCUAUUGCGAGCCGGAGGUUCUUCUACCGACUUAUCAUUUUCUACCUCCUGGGGUCCCUAGCAAUUGGUGCUAUUUGCAACUCCAACUCCGAGGGCCUGACGUCUGGAGCCGGCAACGCCGACGCAUCGCCUUGGGUUAUUGCUAUCAGGAAUGCAGGAAUCAACGGACUUCCCUCCGUUGUGAAUGCAGGAAUCCUGACGAGCGCGUGGUCUGCUGGUAACUCCUAUCUGUACAUGGCGAGUCGGUCUUUGUACUCGCUUGCUGUUGCAGGCAACGCCCCGAAGAUCUUCGCUCGAUGCAACAGCUACGGACUCCCCAUCUACGCUGUCAUUGCUGCUAGCUGCUUCACCUUGCUGGCAUACCUGAGCGUUUCUUCAGAUGCCGGAGUCGUGUUCAACUGGUUCGUCAGUCUGACAAAUACCGCUGGCUAUACAUCCUGGAUUUUCUGCGGUCUCAUCUUCCUUCGCUUCCGCAAGGCUUGCAAUGUCCAGGGCAUCAAGGUUCCUUACCAGUCAUGGUGCCAGCCGUACGGGGCGUACAUCUCUAUGGCCUGCUUUACUUUCCUGCUCUUGGCCAAUGGCUUCACCGUCUUCUACCCCGGCAGGUUCUCGGCAUCUAGCUUUUUGACGGCUUACAUUGGAAUUCCGCUCUUCAUUGUCAUCUACCUCGGCCACAAGCUUACCGUUGGCAAGAAUGACCCGUGGCUGUAUGCCCCCGAGACCGUUGAUCUCACAUCGGAUCUCAGGGAGGUCGAGGCUGAAGCUGAGUGGUGGACCAACUUGGAGAAAGAAAAGGAAGAGAAGGCGGGUGCAGCCAACAAGGCUUGGCGCAUGGUGUCAGCGAUUUGGGGAUGA